AGAAAAGAUGCAACGAUUCCCGUGCGCCUCGUGCCCUGCGCUCUGAUGCCCGUCACGCGACAGCACCCCGGUGCUUUGCAACCAUGUUCGCGGCACCAUGGGUGUGUCGGAGCUGCGCGCGGUCCCUAAGGCGCGUCGGUAUUUCUCGGUCUAUUCGGAGAGCUAGCACAGAGACGCCAGUGAACCUGCCCCCUGCGCUCCUCGAUCGAGCUCGAAGACUUGCCGCCGAGCACCAACAACUGAGCGCGGCAUUGGCGAAGGACUUUGACGCAAAGACAGCGAAACGCGCGGGCGAGAUCUCGCGAGUCGCAGACGCGCUCCGGCAGUUCGAGAAGGCAAGGGAGGCGCUCCGCGAGCUGCACGGCUUGCUGGAAUCCAAUGAUGCCGAGCUACGGGAAUUGGCCCAGGACGACCUCGAGGCGACGAACGCCCAGCUCGCCGACUCGAGCCGGGAGCUCUCGAUUGCGCUGACGCCUAAACACCCGUUCGCCGACAUGCCCUGUCUGCUCGAGAUACGGCCUGGUCCCGGAGGAACCGAGGGCCGCUUCUUCGCCGACUCGCUUUUCCACAUGUACAGGGCAUACUGCUCGAACAAGGGCUACCGCACGCGGGUCGUGAAGUACGAAGCCUCGGACAGCGACGGCCAGACGGGCUCGGAGGGCGAGAUUGCCCUGCAAGAGGCCGUCUUAGAAAUCCAGGAGCCGGGCGCGUAUGGCCUCUUCCGCGGCGAGGCAGGCAUGCACCGGGUGCAGCGGGUGCCGGCGACCGAGAAAAGCGGGCGCACCCACACGAGCGCCGUGGCCGUCUGGGUGCUCCCCUCGUUCCCGGAGAACAGCACGUCGGAGUCGGAGGCCGACUGGGACAACCCGGAGAGCGACUUCUACAUCAACCCGGCCGAGGUGCGCAGCGAGACGAUGCGGGCGCGCGGCGCGGGCGGGCAGCACGUCAACAAGACCGAGUCGGCCGUCCGGCUGACGCACAUCCCCACGGGCACGACGGUCAGCAUGCAGGACUCGCGGUCACAGCAGCGGAACCGCGAGGAGGCCUGGCGGCUGCUGCGGUCGAGGAUCGCGCAGCAACGGCGCGAGGCCAGGGAGGAGCAGGCGCGGCAGCUGCGCAGCAGCGUGCUGGCCAACUCGCAGAUCACGCGGGGCGACAAAAUCCGGACGUACCAGUACCAGCAGGACCGGUGUACGGACCAUCGGAGCGGACUGGACGCCCACAACCUGCCGGAUGUGCUCCGGGGCGGUGAGACUUUAGGGAAGAUCAUGGAGAGCGUGCAGACUUGGCUGAUCAACAAGGACAUCCAGGCCCUCAUCGCCGAUGAGGAGGCGGCUGCAGCGGCCAGGAAGGAGGGCAAAUGAUGCCUCCUUCUGGUGUCUCAUGUACUAUGAUGUGUGAAUUGUGGACAUGUAUAGUGUAUGUAACUGUAGUACAACACUGAUAGAUGGAUAGAUCUGAUUGAUACCCUCCACAGCAGAUGCCCUGCUGAAAGCUCAACCGCCAGCUCCGUAGCGGUGGCUACACGGUAAUUACCGAGUGUAUGUAGUGUAUCUUACGUACCCGUACCCAGAAACCCGAGCCCGCACACCAACCUGGCACCUUUCGAGUCUCGACGAGUCCUCUG